AUGCCUCCGACCGCUGUUAGAGACCGGCCCGGGCCAAACGUCGGGACCGAAAUCCUUUUUCUGUUUCUGCAGCUAAAACAGGCUUCGGUGCACCACACCUCUCGGACUGUUGAUAGCUUUCUGGCCAUGGAUUCCGCGGACUUCCAGCAAUCAGAGAACAGGACUCCCGCUACGGAGCACUUGCGCGUGUCUCAGAUAUCCCAACGGCAUGUGCAGACGGAUACACUCCACGCGGACAGCGUCACUGCCGUUGUGCAGCCGCCGUGCAGCUCGUUGCAGCCCUGA